CAGAAGUCAGUGGGGAGAAUACGCCCCCGCCACCGAACUACCAUCAUUCCCUCGCGCCCCAGCCACUCGUACGUCACUCCAGCUCACUUCCAGUUUCACUCCCUGUAUCACAAGUAUGCCCGAGACCUCUACCACUUUGGCCGCUGUGUCCACCGCCGCGAGCGUAGGUCUCGCGCUCUACGUGCUCAAGUUGCGUGCGGAUAUUGCCGCCUCUGCCAAUGGCAAGAAGACAGUCAAGACCGUGACCAAGACGACGGCGCGCAAUGCCAACGGCGACAAACUCUGGACCGCCGAGGAGCUCAUCGCCGAGCGCCGCAGCAUCUUCCCGCCUGACUACGACAGCACCAAGAAGGUGCCUCGCGAGGUGCUGGAUAAGAUGCUGGCCGCUGCAAAUUGGGCCCCUACACACGGCAAGACGGAGCCCUGGCGCUUUGUGGUGUUCGAGGCGCCCGAGAAGCGACUGGAAGUCGGCCAACUCAUGGCCGAUUGGUACAAGACCAACGUGCCGGCUGACAAGUUCAUGGAGUCUAAAUACAAGAAGAUGAUCUUCAACUGCACGGCCUCGUCGCACGUCAUCGCAAUCUGCAUGAAGCGCCAGAAGAGCGGCAAGAUCCCCGAAUGGGAAGAAAUGUGUGCUGUUGCUUGCGCCGUGCAGAACAUGCAUCUGGUGGCCACAGCACACAACGUCGCGGCGUACUGGAGCUCGGGUCCGCCUAUUACUUUGGCGCAGGAGAUGAAGGACCACCUGAAGCUGGAGGAGGCCGACAAGUGCCUCGGUCUUUUCUACGUUGGUGUGCCGAAAGAAGACGCCAAGAUCCCUAAGGUCGCUCGCAAGCCUAUUGAGAACAAGAUCACGUGGGUAUCGGCGUAGUUAAAAACUCAAUAGAAUAUGAAAAGCUUUUGGGUCAAUUUACUACCUACGAAGACUUCAACAUGCAAAUGACAUCAAUUACAGCGAGCGCAGACGCUUUCUGAAUCUGCAUGGACUUGGUGCGUACGACCACGGAGCCACAGUGCCCGGAGCAUAAGUUUCUGGUGCUGCCGUGAACCAAACCGGGGACGGAGUUACAACCACGGGAGCUGUUGUUAUCGGAGCCGCUGUGGGUGGUACAAAAGUUGGAGCUAACGUCGGCGCUGACGUCGGUGCUGAGGUUGGUGCUGAAGUUGGUGGUGAGGUUGGUGCCGAGGCUGGUGGUGAGGUUGGUGCCGAGGUUGGUGCUGAGGUUGGUGCCGAUGUCGAAGGUGUCGACGUCACAGUGACCGUGCCCGAGGUCUCACCGAUCUUCGGCAUCCCCAGCUCUUUGACGAAGUAUCCUUGGUCCCAUAGCAGCUUGAAACCAUCGUAGAAGAACGAGCCUGCCGCUUGGCCACCCCAGCAGUAGCCGUCGCUCUCUCCAGGAGGCUUGAUCCACAUAAAGUAGUCAAGAUUAGAGUAUCCCGUGCUCGACGUAGGCGGCUUGCCAAUGCCAGCAGUGGGGAUGUUGCACCAAUCAGUCGUGGGAGAACCAUUGUAGUUGCGACUGGUAUCGACAAUACAAGACAUUGCAGUGGAUCCCAUGGCAUUUUGAAAGUUGGUACAGUAUCGAGCACACUCGUCGUUCGAGCGGUAGUUGGACGUGUUAAUAGUGACCCCCUUAACGCGUCCGGAACUCCCGAUAUCUUUCAUAGCAGUGGCCACCUUAGCAGCGCUAUCGGUAUACGCUAGCAUCCAAUAUCCGACAUCCAGGUAAAGCUCUGCGUUGGGGUUCAUGGACAGCGCCUCAACUGCGACCUUGAGAUUCUCGAGGUAUCCCGCGGAUGCACCACAUCCGUUAUCUUGAGUCAGGAGGCCCACCGCAUCAGGUUCGACGACGUAAAGCACCUUGCGAUCACCGAUGGUAUCCGUGAGCUGCUUCAAGAAGGUUUGGUAGCUGUUCGUGUCUGUCACGCUUCCGAAGGUGGAGAAUCCGCCCGCGCAGUCUUUUUGAGGGAUACCAUACACCACAAUACUGAGACGACUGCUCUCUGGACAUUGAUUUAGCAUACGAGAGAGCAAACCAGCUCGCUCUUCAGUUGACGACCGAUCCGUGAACCAUGAAGCGAUGGCGUAGUUCUCGAGUGUCCCCAGAGCUGUCGAUAGCUCUGGAUAAGUCGACUUGGCCACGGUGUAGGUGUACGGGACGACGGAGCAUAGCUCCUCCGCACCAACGAAAGAUAGAGCGAGCGCAACGCAAGACACAACGGCAGUCACCAGACGAACGUUGCCGAGCAUCGUGCGAAACUUCAGACGCCGAAAGCUUGCCGAAGUUGAGUUGUAGUUGGUAAAUAGUAGAAUGAAGCGUUGCUGUGUGCGAGACCGCAAGAUACCCAGCAGUUUGGUCGAACCAGAAGGCGAUAACGUGCGAAACAAUCGUUGGAUCCGCCAUCGCGAGUACAGUGGCCGUUUCUAGUAGAGCACAACUAAGCUCUCUCUGUCAGAUACUCGAUUUUUCACCAGGACACAUCGCAAAAUCCACUGCUUUACUCUGAAUACAACGCGAUUGAGAAGGGCUUCUCGUUGUUCGAGCAUAUUCGCUGGAACUAUUGUUGAAUGCGAUUAAGACACGAAACAUGCGAUGGUGUGCUUGGAUUCUGGUGAGACCAGACUGCUACUUGGAUUUGUUGGCGAAACUAGUACCGACAUGAAACCGAGGAAGACUCAACCGGGCUCGCAGCAGCUUCGUCGAACAAGCCAACCACCGCGCCGAAGUCACAUGGUCCUAGACGCACGAAGAUGGCGCUUGCUCAGCAAAUUAUUUGUUCACAAGUUGGGAGCAGAUCUGAUUCCAACUUCAACAUGUCUAG